AUGAGUCGAGAACAGCUAAUUAGGCCUCAAUCUGAAGAAGAACAAGUGAAAUGUGGUGGUGAUGUUGCAUCAAAGGAAGCUGUCCUAGCUCAUCUGGCACAGGUUGGCCAGCAAGAUGGCCAAAUAGCUCUUCCACACGAACUGAGGAGCAGCAUCACCAUUGGUGAAGCACUUGAGGCCGCAGUUCUCACAGCAGGAAAUAAGCCUGUGGAUUAUAGUGAUGCAGCUGCAAUACAAGCGGCGGAAGUUAGAGCAACAGGUCGUACCAACAUUGUCCCUGGUGGCGUUGCUGCUGCAGCUCAAUCUGCAGCAACCCGUAAUGCUCGAGUUACAAGGGAUGAGGACAAAACAAAGUUGGCAGAUGUUUUAUCGGAGGCAUGCACGAAAUUGCCAGCAGACAAGCCGGUGACUCGCCGAGAUGCUGAGGGGGUGAUAGGUGCAGAGUUGAGGAAUGAUCCAAACCUGACCACUCGUCCAGGUGGUGUUGCAGCUUCUUUGGCUGCAGCUGCAAGGCUCAACCAAACGAUGAACCGGAACAGCCAGCCAAGCUAAUCAGAGACUCCAUCCUAAUGACUUGUAUUUCAGAUCUAGAUUGAUCUAAAGAUCCAAAUGUAGCUAUCAAGAACCUUGUUGCAUUGUUUGAGGCCGUGAUUUCAUAUUUAUUGGUCUCACAUUAAGAAACUCCAUGCAUUGUUCGUGACCAUGAUUCGUUUAUUAGCAGAACCAUCUUA